CCAUGCUCUUACUGUGUUCUGCCUCGCUCAAAUACUGCAGUUAUUUUGGUAGGCUCUGAUGUGUACACUUGCUUUUUUGUCUGCCUGUGGAUAUCUACCUUACACUUCAUCACAUCCUUAUGAAGAGUGCUUCUGUAUUUUUUUAAAGAGUAGGCUCAGUGUAAGUUUCUGAAUGAUAGUUUCUGGAAACCUUGUCUCAUGUAUUUGUUGAAACAUGGAAAUUGGAAACCCAGUUAAAAGGAAAAAUCAUGAGGUGGUGGUGAAAUACUGGUGCUGGCCACAUAGGAUGUUACAGAUAUCAGACUGAAGUACAUGGAUUAUACAUUGACCAUGAGCUGCCUUAAAAAACAGCAUGUGAGCUGUAAAGCAAGAAUGCAGCACCCUUUCAACCUGAACAGCUUUAUGGAUGAGACAGACAGAGAGGUUAAGAACCUUACAGACCGAGCCUUUAAGAGUCUGUGCAUCGGUGAUGAGGCAAUCUACAAUGACUCAGAACUUUUACCAUCUCCAGUAGACUGUCACAAACCACUAGCUGCAGAGAUACCAAAAAAACCUCAAGAGAACUUUGCUUUAGAUGUUAAGAAGCAUGGAGUUCAUCAGCCUAAUGGUAUGUACAACAGACGACAGCAAAUAAAAAACACAUUAAAGGUGUCAUCACUUUUUGCUGCAUUUGCACCUAAGAAAAACAAUGACACAAAAAUGACAAAUGGGGACUCAUGGGACAAAUCAGCACUGCUUAGCAUCCAAACUGAACUAUCAGAGUUUUCUUCAGAUUAUCAAAACCACCUCAAGAAUGAACACAAUGACCAGGUCAAGAGCCAUUGUAAGACCUCUGAAAAAGGGACUGAUAAUAAAUCAUACCAGGACAUAUUUACUACAUCAGGAAAAUCAUCUAAAAAUCAUCACAAGCUGAGAAAACUGAAUUCCAAAAAUCUUUUUCUUCACAGUGAAUUCAGCCCAUUCCGGUCUUGGGAAGACUUAAAUAGGUUUAGACUGGACAACGUGGAGAUGUUUACAUGCAGUAGCCCAGAUGGAUUGUAUGAUUCCCAGAUUUACAGAGAACUGAAUUCAAACAUAUUGCAUGUGCCAGAGACAAAUAAAAGAGAGACAAGCCAAAGCACUUCACCUCUGCUUAAAUCUAAACCCAAUUUAUUACAAUUCGCAGCAACUGUACCUCCAGUGCCAGAAAACCAUUCUGAGCUAAAUUUCCCGAAACUGCCUGAUGGUCAAAUCAAGUCACUUCAGCCACAAGUCCUGCUGACAUCCUCUGGGUCAUUUCAGAGGUGUCAGUCUGAAGGGGAUAUUUGUGCUCCUUGGAGGAAAAAUCGAAGAAGGCCAAAACUGAUUGUUCAGCCACUUAGUUCACCUGCAUGUGAAAGGUCAAACACUGCAGAGCAGGGAGCAAUACAAAAUAAAAAGGAGAUUAGAACAGUGGAAGAAGCAACUUCCUUAAAUUCAACUCCAUUCAAUAUUUCACAGCUGUUGACUCCUGUCAUACCCUCUAGACAGGGUACAGGAACGUUAGAGAUACUGCAAACUGUUCAGUCACCCACAGAACACAACAUCCCAGUACUCCAUGAAACCGAGAUUCGUCCAUCACCUGAUAUCAAACGAGAAGCAUACAAAUCCAAAGCAUCAAGUCUGUUAUUUAAUCUAAAGGACAACAGAAAACGGGUCAAGGCAACAUACAGCCCACAAAAGUUUAAAGGUUUAGAUGCAGCAGACAAAAUUAAACUGUCUCCUCUGAUUGAACAGGUUGCUACCCAAAACACAGAUUCUAAAACCAUGUCAAAUGUUCAGAAAAUCAAUAUGUAUCCAUUGAGUCCUGAGACUGCCGAUAUACAAAGCUCUCAAUCCAGUGGUUUGCCAUUGCCAGAUGACUUUUUGGGACUUAGUCUACUUCAAGCUGUAAAUAAAGGCUCAAAAAGGAACCCUUUGGCCAAAGCAACAUACCCAUCUUUAAAUUUGUACCAGAAAUCUAGUCCUCUAGAAAUGAAUACUAAGACAAUUUCAGUGGAGGUCCCUGGUUCUCAUUCUACAGAAAACAGAAAUUCAGAACAAAUGGUGAGCAAAGAAUAUUUGCCAGACAUUAAUAGUAAGGAUCGCCAAAGAAAACAUAAUUUAACUAAACCAGACAUAAACAAUGCAAACCAUGAAUAUACCUACCUGAAUUAUGUUGUGACUGCAGACAAGACCCUGACUGAGAAAACAAAUGUGGUAGCUCUGAAGGAAAAACAUUUUACUACAGAUUUAACAAACCACAAUGCACAAAUGGAUGCACGUAGUAGAAAUCAAGAGAAAUUUAAUACAGGAGUAACAUUUAAGUCAGACGAAAGACCUAUCAAAUAUAAUGAACAUCACAAAAAGGAAACAAAACCUAAGCAUUUAUUUUCUGCCAGACAAAACAAGUAUAUCAAAAAUCAAAGAUAUGUGAAUGUAGAUGAUGAUGAUGAAGAUGAAGAUGAUGAAUGUUGGCAAGAGGAUGUAAUUUCUGUUGUAAAAGCUAAGCUAAGAAAGAGGGAAUUAAAAGUGUAUAUGGAUAAAAAUAACAGAAUGGUACAGGAUUCUAUGGAUGAUAGUGUUACAAAUGAUGACUUUACAAAAGAUAAUUAUUCUAUACCCUCUAAGAAUGAUCUAGGUAUAUGCACUGAACAAGAAUUAGCCAGAAAUGAUGCCUUAUCUAUGAAAGGAAACACGUCAGCAAAAAUAGCAUUGUUUACUUUAAAUGAAAGGUCCUCACAUACAGUCCCAGUCUCAUUGAAAAAGAACAUAGCAAAGGAUAAGAAUGAACUAGCCACAGUGGCUUUAGAGAAAAGGAUUGCUGAAAGAGAACAGGGAAAAAAGCUAAGUGAUUUAGCUAAGCAACAUGGAGAAGAUUUACCCAUUAAAGGAGAGCACAAAAAAGAGUGUAUGCUAUCAUUGGACCAGAAGGAAACAUUAGGAAAUGUUAUACCAGACAGCCAAGGUCGGAAGGCCAUUUCUGAUUUCACACCAACUAGCCAAAAGAUUCAAAGUAUGUCAGAUAUAGACACCAAUCAUUGUGACUGUCAUGUGCUUGAGGUAAAAUUAGCUGAACCUUAUAAGCAAGAGGGUGCUGCUAAGCACAGCCCAAGUAGACUGAUAUCCACAGAUAGUGACAGACAUGAUAGACAUGGUCAACAAGGUGACACAAGCAAUAACAUGUCAAUGGCUAGUGUAACUGAAAUUAAAAACACAGUGUGUAUACCUAGAAAUAUGCACCUUGGUCAAGAAAGCUCAGUGGUCCAGGACUAUAUUGACAAGAAUCUCAUUAGAGUUGGUGAGUAUGAGUCAUGUAUUCAGAAAAAAGCUAAAAGAGAAAGAGCAAAUUCUGUAAGUGAACACAGCAAAAUAAAUGAAAGUCAAAGAAAGGAAAAUGAAGGAAGUGUUGAGCUAUCUGUGAAACAUGAAGAAUUUUUCAGCACAGAAGUCAAGAAUUUUAAUCUACCAAAGGAUAAAGGACAAGUAAAGGGCCAUGUAUCAUCACUUAUGGAAAAACUCAACAGAGAACAAAUAGUGCAAACUUUAAAUGUCCAAGAAAGUUUGAGUCAAGUAGAUUGUAUCAAGGGCUACCCCAGAAAUUCACCAGAGGAUAUAAUGGGUUUUUCUGAAGUUAAAGAAGUUUUGACAAAACAUGACCAUAAAGCAAGAGAGGCAGAUUCAGACAAGGAACAACAUGAGAUAGAGUCAAAACUCACAAUGAGAAAUGAAGAAAAUCUAGAAAAUGUUAACAAAGAUGUUACAAGAAAUAAAGAGGAUAAAAAAGAUGUGGCUAGAACAAAGAAUAAAGAUGCUUGUGAUGUUUUCAGAAAAACAGAUCAAAACCAGAUCAAAUACAAAUGCCAAGGUGAAUACUCUGUCAAAGAGUAUUUCAUUGAUAAUUUUGAGAAAUCAGACAAAACUAACCAUGCAUGUAUGAAGGCACCACAAAUGAAUUUGUUAAAUUCUGAUUAUGCUCCCAUGGAUAAGAUAACCCUUCACAAUAUUCUCAAUCAAGCUGAACCUUCAUCAAUGAUAAAUGAUAAACAAUUUGAACUAUCAGUGGACUUCACCUUUUCACACAAAACAGAAGAGUCAUCAUCUCUGAAUAAAGGUGAAGAUAGAAAAUGUGAGAAUUUAGAUACAAUUAAUCCCAAUAGCAACCCUGAAUGUAACCCACAUAAUGCAGACAUAGCAGUUCCACCACUAAAAGAUGUGGAAAAUUCCCAGUGGGUGCACUGUUUGAUAGAAUCAGCUCGCAAUCUAACACCAACAUGCCAGUCCAAUGUCUCUUCUCCCACACUGGGGAAGCCUGCAUUAUUUAAAGUGAAAGACAACACAUUCACUGCAUCUCCUGUUACCAAAACAGUAAGACCCAUUCUCCAUAAAACUGCUGCUGGAGUUACACAGCCAUGGUCUCCUAGAGAAAGUUUAAGUGGGUCUGAAAGGGGUGAAGAAGACAUUUUCAAGGACCUUGUGGACAUGCGAACACCUGUACAGAUAACCCAGCCAAACCAGACAUCAAUACAUGAUGUAUAUGCUCCAUCAUCUCAGUCCACCACAGAUCUGGAGAGAAAACAGCUAAUGGACAGUUCCACAGUUCCAGAAGCAGAGGGCUUGCAAUUGGCUAUAAGCUCAGUUUCAGAGAGAAUAGAAAGCUGUGACAUGAGUGCAGGAGACACUGUGGGGUGCCUUGCAUUUAACACUGUACCUACAGACAGCAUACAGGGAUCAAAGGCACCAAGUGAGAGAUCUGAUUCAGCCUGUAGUGGUAUUGAAAAUCAGCUUCAGGGCAAACCACCUGCUGUCCCCCCAAAAACAGAGAAAACCCUACGUCGUGCCUUGAAGCUGACUACAAAAAGAAACCAGAAAGCGGAAGCUAAAUGUAAAUCAGAGCGUGGCCAGAGCAGCGAGAAGGGUUCCUGCCAGAAACAUGAGAGGAGGCAUCAAAGUAAUGAAAAGGUUCUCAGUAACAGAUCAUAUCAUCGAGAGCAUAAUAUUGACAGAGGUAUAAGUAAUCGAAACACUCAAGAGGACAGCAGUGAGACACCUCUUCAAAAGAGUCACGCAAGUGAAAGGCAUGCAACAGAGUAUAAUAAACCAAACAGCUGUUGGAAGGAGAAAGAUUCUGAAAGGAAACUUUAUAGUUGUCAUAGCAGUCUAAUCACGAUGGAUGAUGAUGCAAAGAGCAGUGUGGCUGAAGAAAAAGAACAUCAAUCCCAUCACAAAGAUCAGUUUGAUACCCAGAAUAUAAAUGUUGACAGUGAGAGAUUAGGACGUACUAGAGAGAAAUACCUACCAAAUCUGUACUACAGGGCUCAUAGUUUGGACAGAUAUUCACGUGGCAAAUAUGAGCAUAGAGUACUUAGCUCUGAAGGUCCUGCCUCUAAAACCAAUGCUGAGACAUCAAAGAAGUUCACCACUGCACAAAAAGCACCAUUACAAAACAGCAUUGAGCAUACUUAUGGCUCUUCAGCAAACAACAUGGUAUCACAAACUUUCCCAAUAACCCAAAGGAAGCUUCUGCAGGAUCUUGAUUCUGGACAGUAUUUUGUGGUGGACAUGCCAGUGCAGGUCAAGACAAAAACCUUCUUUGAUCCAGAAACAGGAAGCUAUGUUCAACUGCCAGUUCAGUCAAUUGAAGGGUCUGUACCAAGGGCACAAUCUGUAGAAGUUAUGAAUGCACCACCACUGAUGCUAUAUCAUGGCUUUGUUCCAGUGCCUGUGUCAUCCUUACCAUAACCUUAUCCAUCGUUGCCCCUGCUUACUUGGACUCAAUUCAAUUCAGUGGUAAAGAAAAGUAUAACAACCUUUAUGAAAAGCAAAAAAAAAAAAAAGAGUGUCAGCCCUACACAUGAGCUGUGCAUGUAUUAAAAGAGCACUUUUGAAUAAACAUAAUCAGAAUCUGAUUGUGUUAGAUUAAAAUAGAUGAAGAUAAAUUUAAUUAUGUUAUAGACCAAUAAAACGUCUUGGAAUUAAUGUGUCUAAAUUCAGGCAUUAGUAUUUUUGUCCUAUAUUAAAAUACAUGUAUUGUAAAUCUUUUGCUCCUAGCUCCUUUUGCUUUUGGUACUGACCUUUGAAAUUUUCUAAUGAUUAUGUAUUUUGAGAUGUUCGACUGCAUUAUUAUGUUAUUACAAGAAUGUUUUUUCCUUGUGAAUAUUUUAAAAAUAGCAUUGUUCAAUUUCUUUGCCAUAUUUACUUGCAGAUGACAAGAUGCACUGAUUAAACAGAUAAAAGUGAAA